AUGGAUGCCACAGAUAAGAGAUGUUAUUUGCCAAAGCUCCGGAAAUUGGCUUCAGUCCUUGUCAGUGACUGGAUGGCUGUCAUCCGCUCCCAGAGCAGUACCCAGCCUGCUGAGAAAGAUAAGAAAAAACGUAAAGAAGAGGGGAAGAGUCGAACCACCCCUCCUGAGCGACCCUUGACUGAGGUGAAGGCUGAGACCCGGGCUGAGGAGGCCCCAGAGAAGAAGAAAGAGAAGCCGAAGUCUCUCCGAACGACGGCACCCAGUCACGCCAAAUUCCGUUCCACUGGGCUAGAGCUGGAGACCCCAUCUUUGGUGCCUGUGAAGAAGAAUGCCAGUGCCGUGGUAGUUUCUGACAAGUACAAUCUUAAACCCAUCCCCCUCAAGCGUCAGAGCACCACAGUUGCUCCAGGAGAUGCUGCACCUCCUGCAGAGAAGAAAUACAAGCCACUGAACACCACACCGAAUGCCACCAAAGAGAUCAAAGUGAAGAUCAUCCCACCACAGCCAAUGGAGGGCCUGGGCUUUCUGGAUGCGCUCAAUUCAGCCCCUGUUCCAGGCAUCAAAAUUAAGAAGAAGAAGAAGGUGCUGUCACCUACAGCUGCCAAGCCAAGCCCAUUUGAAGGGAAAACGAGCACAGAACCAAGCACAGCCAAACCUUCUUCCCCAGAACCAGCACCUCUUUGUGAGGCUAUGGACACAGACCGCCCAGGCACCCCAGUUCCCCCUGUUGAAGUCCCAGAGCUCAUGGAUACAGCCUCUUUGGAGCCAGGAGCACUGGAUGCAAAGCCAGUAGAGAGUCCUGGAGAUCCCAGCCAGCUGACCCGGAAAGGCAGGAAGAGGAAGACUGUGACGUGGCCUGAGGAGGGCAAACUGAGAGAAUAUUUCUAUUUUGAACUGGAUGAAACUGAACGAGUAAAUGUGAAUAAGAUCAAGGACUUUGGCGAGGCAGCUAAGCGAGAGAUACUGUCAGACCGACACGCAUUUGAGACGGCCCGGCGUCUGAGCCAUGACAACAUGGAGGAGAAGGUGCCCUGGGUAUGCCCGCGGCCCCUGGUUCUGCCCUCACCCCUUGUCACCCCUGGAAGCAACAGCCAGGAGCGAUAUAUCCAGGCUGAACGGGAGAAAGGAAUCCUUCAGGAGCUCUUCCUGAACAAGGAAAGUCCUCAUGAACCUGAUCCUGAGCCCUAUGAACCUGUCCCCCCGAAGCUCAUCCCCCUAGAUGAGGAGUGUUCCAUGGAUGAGACCCCGUAUAUUGAGACCCUGGAGCCUGGAGGAGCUGGUGGCUCACCUGAUGGGGCAGGCGGCUCCAAGUUGCCUCCUGUCCUGGCCAAUCUCAUGGGAAGCAUGGGUGCUGGGAAGAGCCCCCAGGGUCCUGGAGGAGGAGGCAUCAAUGUGCAAGAGAUCCUCACCUCCAUCAUGGGUAGCCCAAAUAGUCAUCCUUCAGAGGAACUGCUCAAGCAACCAGACUAUUCAGACAAGAUUAAGCAGAUGCUCGUGCCACAUGGACUCUUAGGCCCUGGUCCAAUAGCCAAUGGUUUCCCACCAGGAGGCCCUGGGGGCCCCAAGGCCAUGCAACACUUCCCCCCUGGGCCUGGGGGACCUAUGCCAGGUCCUCACGGAGGCCCUGGUGGGCCAGUGGGUCCACGUCUCUUGGGUCCCCCACCCCCUCCACGAGGGGGUGAUCCCUUCUGGGAUGGCCCAGGUGACCCCAUGCGGGGUGGCCCAAUGCGGGGGGGUCCAGGACCAGGUCCUGGACCAUACCACAGAGGCCGUGGUGGCCGAGGAGGAAGUGAACCGCCGCCUCCUCCUCCCUUCCGGGGGGCCAGAGGAGGUCGCUCUGGAGGAGGACCCCCAAAUGGACGAGGGGGCCCUGGUGGGGGCAUGGUUGGAGGUGGUGGGCAUCGUCCCCAUGAAGGCCCUGGUGGGGGCAUGAGCAGCAGCAGUGGACACCGCCCCCACGAAGGCCCUGGCAGUGGCAUGGGUGGUGGGCACCGCCCCCACGAAGGCCCAGGCGGUAGCAUGGGUGGAGGUGGGGGACAUCGUCCCCAUGAAGGCCCUGGUGGUGGCAUGGGCAGUGGCAGUGGCCAUCGCCCCCACGAAGGCCCUGGCAGUGGCAUGGGUGGAGGCAGUGGACAUCGCCCCCAUGAAGGUCCUGGUGGAGGAAUGGGUGCUGGAGGUGGACAUCGCCCCCAUGAAGGCCCUGGUGGGAGCAUGGGUGGAAGUGGUGGACAUCGCCCCCAUGAAGGUCCUGGACAUGGGGGGCCCCAUGGCCACCGGCCUCAUGAUGUCCCUGGUCACCGAGGCCAUGACCAUCGAGGGCCACCACCUCAUGAGCACCGUGGCCAUGAUGGCCCUGGCCACGGAGGAGGGGGCCACCGAGGGCACGAUGGAGGCCACAGCCAUGGAGGAGACAUGUCAAACCGCCCUGUUUGCCGACAUUUCAUGAUGAAGGGCAACUGCCGCUACGAGAACAACUGUGCCUUCUACCACCCGGGGGUCAAUGGGCCCCCCCUGCCCUAGGGACCGCCGCCUCUGCCCCACCCACACACACCCCUGUGGACUGCAGCCUCGCUCCUUCCGCCCUGUUAUGGCUUCUGUGAGGCCCACGUUCCCCUGUCCCCAGCUGAGGAGGAGCCGGCCCCCUCAGUUCCCACCUGCUUGGGUUGCUGGGGGUUUUCUGAUCACUGGUGCGCAUUGAUGUACAUACUUUCCUCCAGUCUGAGGAGGAGAGAGACUGGAUACAUUCUGUACCCUGGACUGCUGAAGAGAAGACCCAGUUGGCUUCAUUUUUUUGAGGAGAUUUGCCCUAUAACCCCAAGCCCCUUUCCAGUAUUACCCUUUAUGCCUGAGAACCUAAAGCUGGUUAUCCUGGAGAGCACCUCUACUCUCCUGUUGUGGGUCCUCCACAUGCACACAGAACUGACACGGGAUCAGCUGCACUUAUGAAAUCAUCCCAGCCAAGUUCAUUCUUCUCAUGGGGUGGGGAGAUGGUAAAAGGGGUAUUAGAUACCCCACUGCACUGAGAGGGCUCAAUCAGGCUGGAUUUGAGUUCUGGAACACAUCCUCCCCACUUCUGCCCUGGCACAGGCUUUCCAUUGAGUCCCUUCUCAAGUACGACUUCGCAACCUUCUGUGAACACCCAGGUCUGCAUCAUGGGUCUGCUAGGUUCAGUGAUGGUCAAUUCACGUCCGCAUCCAGUGGAAGUUGUAGCUGGCACGGGUGAGGCUGGGGGUGGUGGCCCGCCCUUGCCUGCAGCUCAUUCUGGAAACUUUGUAAAAACACUUCAGUGAGACCAGCUUUCCAUCAACUUGCCCGCAUUCUGGGCCUGAGAGUCACACUACACGCACUGCCUUCAGGAGUUGGCGCGCUCUGCCCCCAGCUGGAACCUCGUUGGUGCGAGGCCUCCAGCUCCCUUGCCCUGUCAGCCACCUCUGGGUCCCACCAGGUGCCUUCCUGGGUGGGUGCCGCAAGCUGACGUGCCCUUCCCCAGCCCUCUCCUUCCCAGGUCUCGGCAUCAGUUUGUUUUCUAUGAAAACAGUGGAUCGGUUGGCUUUUGUGCAGGGUCUUGGGUUAGAGCCACGAUGGAUUUGAGGGAUGAGUAUUUUUUUCUUUUGGUUUUGUAUAUUUUGUACAUUAAUAAUAAACAGUGGAAAGAGAAGCAGCUUAUUUAA